CUAGGAAAUGAACUAGGGUUGGGGGAGAACCUGGAUCUCCUCCUCCUUCUCCUAGCAAACUCCCUCCUCCCCACCCCUCCAGCGGGCAGCCAAGGAGAGCAGGAGGCGGGGGAGGGGCGGGGGAGGAGAAGCGACGCAAGUGAAUAGCUUUGCAGCGCCGGCUAGGCGCGGUGAGGAGAAGCGGUGGGAAGGCGCAACCGCUCACCUGCGGGGCUGCGCGCACCGGAGGGACCGGGCUGCGCUCUCGUGGGCCCUGGCAUUCGGACUCGCCCGAAGCCUUGCAAGCGGCCACGCUCCGGCUGUUCCCCGCCGGUCUGCCGGGAGGAGCCGAGGGGCCACCGGCAAGCUCUUUGCUUUGACAGAGGGGAGGCGGGGAGAGAGGCGAGUAACAGCGCCAGCGAGCCAGGCAGAAACUCGAGCCGGGAACAAAGAGGGAUUGGGCUCGAGUGUGUGUGCGUGCGUGUGUGUGUGUGUGUGUGUGUGUGUGUGUGUGUGUGUGUGUGUGCGCGCGCGCGCGCGUGUGUGUGUGUACGUGUGUGUAUCGGCCCGAGCUACGGGCUGGAACAUUUGAACCCGAAGCUCCUGCUGUGACUCCCCAAGACUCCGCCGUGCCAGCCACUGCCGAUUCCCAGCGCUCAUCAGCACAAACUUUAUUCUUGGCAAACUUCUCUUUUUCUCCCCUCCUCCUCUGCCCCCUCCCCCUCCAGCAGAUUAAAUGCUCCUCCAGAAGGAAAACCGAAGCGAAAGGGAAGGAAAGAAGCUCUAACGCGGACGUCUGCAGCCCGGGUGGCUCUUUAUUGUUUACUCAGAAGGAAGUGGACUUUUCGGCAUUUUCUGAUUUUCCUCGCACCUCCGCGGAGGCAAACGGAGCCUUCUUGAACCAGCUCUUCUCUUCUCAAAAGAAAAAAAAAAUCUAAAAACACCGAAAUCAGCAUCCGAGGAAUCCGCGGAGAGGUUUUGCACGGCGACGCGCCACGGGACUCUCGUUUGCACUUUGGAAAGUCGUGUUCCCUCCGGAACCGGUGUCCUCGGAGCACAGACCCCAGCAGCGAAGGCGGCGUGGGGUGGCCACCCAGCCCUGGCAGUCUAGCCUAGUGCACGCGGAGCGGGGCAGACGCUCCCAGAGGCGCCAGCGGCUGCCGCCCUCGCAGUCUGGUGCCCUUCGCCCCAGGGCCGGGAGCCGGCGUCCUUCUAAGUGGGAAAGCGCGGCAAUCGCAGAGGCUCUUGCAGCUGCUCCAGUCGUGGGCCCCUCGCUUGCCCACCCAGCUUCCAUUCACAGUCCUCCCACACUCAGUCUUCCAGCCCUCCCCACCUCACAUCGACCUCCCCUUCCUGCUGUCUCCGAGUGUUCCCGCGGCGGAGCGGAGAUUACACAGCCGCCGGGAUGCCCCAACUUUCCGGAGGAGGCGGUGGGGGGGACCCGGAACUCUGCGCCACCGAUGAGAUGAUCCCCUUCAAGGACGAGGGCGAUCCCCAGAAGGAGAAGAUUUUCGCCGAGAUCAGUCACCCCGAAGAGGAGGGCGACUUAGCAGACAUCAAGUCAUCCUUGGUAAACGAGUCCGAAAUCAUCCCAGCCAGCAACGGGCAUGAGGUGAGUGGGCGGCUGUCCGGAGAGGCGUGGCGGGUCCGGGGGACGCGGAGGGGAAGCAAGCAGAGCGCGCGGCCACGGUGGCCACUUAGCCCUGGUCCCUCGCGGGCUGGGUGGGGAAUAACGGCCCCUAGUCCAUGGUGCGCACGUGUGUGAGCAGCGGGCAGGGAAAUUUAUUCCAGGUGGGUCUAUGGCUAAACGUUGGCAAAUGGGCAGGAAACGCUGGCCUUUACCCGACCGGUUUCGUCCUCCGACGUUUCGGUUGCUCUGGGGGACGCGGCGCAUUAAAACAGGGAUGUCUAAACAACCGCGAAGUCCAUCAUGGGGUGGAAAACAAAGUGCAUCCGCUAGCUUUCUCGGUACAGUGCACAGAAGUGCGUUAAACCACGGAGUGCUCCAAGGAGCGAAGCCCCAGGCGAGAGGAAGGAGAGGCGGGCGUGGGCCUCAGAAGGGGCCGUCCCAACCGCCGUGGAGCAGGGCGCGCGCCCUAACUGCGGGGGCGUUGCGGGGCCGGGUCCCCACAGCAAGAGAGGCUGCUGCCGGGAGCCGUGGGCGAGCCGAUCCGAGCCAGCCAACGGCACAGACGCCGCAGCCCUUCCGCCCGCAACCCCGGCAUUUAAAGUGGAAAGAAAAGCGUUUAUUUGGGGUUAGGCUGGGUUGGGAUCAGGCCCUGGAUCUCUGCUGAAGAAAGGCGAGCCCUCGGCGGAAGCCGGGCCGCGGCUUGGGAGGAGGGACGCACUUUAUCAGAUCUCUGGGCCAGCUGAAGGCGACGGCGCUGGUAACCCGAGUAGAGUAAAUAGAGACACGUGGGUGCCGGCGCGAGGGAGAGGAGAGCCUGGCCGCGCGCGAGAAUUGGAUGGGCGGAUGGGCGUAGAUCCCCCAAAGCCCACACCUUAGCGGCCACUCUGGCUCAGCAGCUGAGGAAACCUCACGGGGUCAUCCAGUAAAAAAGUUCUGAUACCCAAAUGAUGUCCCCAACGUUUUUUCCUUCCAGAGAAACUUGGAGAGUAUAGCUUUUUCCUUAAAUGGCAGCCUUCUGCCCCCACCCCCACCCCAAAGAAAGGGUGGUUUCGGGGGCGGGGACAUUUUGGGUUUAAAGAGUGCUUUUAAGAACACCUCACUUACCUUCUCUGUCCCGAUGGCAGGGGUGGUCAGACAAACACAGUCCUCUCAGGAGCCCUACCACGACAAGGCCAGAGAGCACCCGGAUGACGGAAAGCAUCCGGACGGAGGUCUAUAUAACAAGGGCCCCUCCUACUCCAGUUACUCUGGCUACAUCAUGAUGCCCAAUAUGAAUAGCGACCCAUACAUGUCAAAUGGAUCCCUUUCUCCACCCAUCCCGAGGACCUCAAAUAAAGUGCCGGUGGUGCAGCCAUCUCACGCGGUCCACCCCCUCACGCCCCUCAUCACGUACAGCGACGAGCACUUUUCUCCAGGAUCUCACCCGUCACACAUCCCGUCAGAGGUCAACCCCAAGCAAGGCAUGUCCAGACACCCUCCAGCUCCUGAAAUGCCCACCUUCUACCCCCUGUCUCCAGGCGGCGUUGGACAGAUCACCCCACCCCUCGGCUGGCAAGGUCAGCCUGUUUAUCCCAUCACGGGUGGAUUCAGGCAAGCCUACCCAUCCUCACUGUCAGGCGACACUUCCAUGUCCAGGUUUUCCCAUCACAUGAUUCCUGGUCCCCCUGGCCCCCACACAACUGGCAUCCCUCAUCCAGCAAUUGUAACACCUCAGGUCAAACAGGAGCACCCCCACACGGACAGCGACCUAAUGCACGUGAAGCCUCAGCACGAACAGAGAAAGGAACAGGAGCCUAAAAGACCUCAUAUUAAGAAGCCUCUGAAUGCUUUCAUGUUAUACAUGAAAGAAAUGAGGGCGAAUGUCGUAGCCGAGUGUACGCUAAAGGAGAGCGCAGCUAUCAACCAGAUCCUGGGCAGAAGGUGGCACGCCCUCUCCCGGGAAGAGCAGGCCAAAUAUUAUGAAUUAGCGCGGAAAGAAAGACAGCUACAUAUGCAGCUCUAUCCAGGCUGGUCAGCGAGAGACAAUUAUGGCAAGAAGAAGAAGAGGAAGAGAGAGAAGCUACAGGAAUCUACUUCAGGUGGCAAAAGAAACUCAUUCCCAACGUGCAAAGCCAAGGCAGCGACCCCAGGCCCUCUCCUGGAGAUGGAAGCUUGUUGAAAACCCAGACUGUCUCCACAGCUUGCCCGGCUGACCCCAAGGAGCACUGACAGCAACUUUACCCUGAGGUCACUGCUAGCGCUGACCCACAGACACAGUCACUGCCAGCCCUCCCUUCUGUCUACUGCAAGCGCUGACUUCCAAAAGAAAGCCGAAUACGGUCGUUUCUGAAAAAGAAAAAAAAAAUAAAAUUAAAAAGUCCAUGAGAAAGCUAGCAGGCCCUGCCCACUGAGCAGCAUUGCUUCCAGUCUUCAUGCGCUUCUUGAGCAUCUUCUGCGCAGACCUGUCACCCUUCAGCAAGGACAGACAGUUCCUUGGCUGUGUUUGCCUCGUCACGUGCAACUGGAGCCAGCGACCCAAGCAGGCAUCAGCAUCCUGGCGUGAGAAUCGUGGAAGACUCCUCUCGUUCCUGUCUUCAUUUUCCUAUCUCUUCAAGUUUUUAUUUAACAGUACAAAAGGAUCAAGUUUGUGUUUGCUUCUUUUUUUUUUUAACUUGAAUUUUUAAGUUUACCUUUUUUUUUUUUAACUUUUAUUUUCCUUGUAUAUUUUGCUAGCUCUGAGCUUUUAAGUGAAAUUCAUAGGUCUGAAAUAAAAACAAGAUGAAAAGAAGCCUUUUUUUUUUCCUGAGAGAUCUUGUCCAGUAAGUGGCUUCUCUGUGAUACACAGUGGCCUCUGCCCUGUGAGGUGUCUGACAAAGCUAAACAGGUAGCCAAGCCCACUCUUGUUGGAGGUCACGUUUGGCAAUCCGUCUCACUUUAUUUUCUGAUUUUUUUCUUUUAUAUAAAUAACAAACCUUAACAUCUCCUUUGGGCGAACCCAUUUGCAGUGGAUUUUCUUUUUCUUUCCUUUCACUCCUGUAAAAAGCCCAGCACUUGAAUUGUUCUUACUUUAAAUGUUCCGUAUUUGUAUCUGUUUUUAUUAGCCGAUUAGUGGGAGUUUAUGCCAGUUGUUAAAACGAGCAUCGAUGUACCUGUUAUUUUUUAAAUAGCAAGGCGCAGCCUCCGCCCCAAACUGUCAUUUAACGUUUGUCACUCCAGUUUGAGUUAACGUGCUGAGCAUUUUUUAAAAGAAGCUUUGUAAUAAAACAUUUUUUUAAAAGUGUCA